GCGCCGGUUCCUGGAAGAGCCCAGCCUGGGGAGUUGGUCACAUUCUUGGCUGGCAUUCAAGAGCUGAGCAGACACCAACAAACAGAGGGGAGGCGGCGGCGGCGGCGGCGGCGGCCGGAAAGGAGGAGGAGCAGCAGCAGCAGCAGCAGCGCCCAGCCCGCCCGAUCGUCCUCAGUCCGGGCUGGAGCGGGCAGACGAGCGAAGGUGAGCAGGGCCGGGCGCCGAGACAGAGGGGCGGAAGGCGCAGCCGCGAUCAAAGGCCACCCGGUCCGUGCCAGACAGCAGCACCAGCCCAGCAGCAGCCCCAGCAGCGGCGGCGCUUCCCCCGGUUCGGAGGCGGCCAGCGGAGAAAGCCCUCGCGGCUGGGGAAGAGGACGAUCCGGGACCCCGCUGCCUCCCCUUCUCUCUCUGCCCGAUCUGCGAAGGGGGCCAUGGACAGAAAGGCAGCCGCUUCCCCGCCGCCCGGAGUUGCUGCUUGGACCUCGGACGACGCGCCCCGGGGUUGCUAACAGCCUCCCCCCCCCAGCCAGCCUUUAUUUUAUUUUAUUUUAUUUUGACUCCCCCCUCCUUCCUCCUCCAGAGCGGUCUGCGGUUCUAUUCCCCCCCCCGGAGGCUAUUUUUGGGGGGUGGGGGGAAGAGGGCUUUUUUUUUUUUUCCUCCCCGCGGGGGCAGCGGGAGCGAGCGCGCGUCCUCCUCCCCCCCCCCACCAGCACCAGCGUCGGGCGGACCUCGCCGGCUCGGCUGGGAGCGCUUUCCCUCUCGCCCCUUCUUUUUAUAACUUUUCCCUCUCCCCCCGCCCCUUCCCCGAAGAUCUAGUUUUCUCUCUCUCUCCCUUUCGCUUUCUCCUCCCCUGUUUUUGGCUCUUUGGCUGCUUUGGCUCCGGGGGCCGAGAGAGAGAGAGAAAAAAAUUCCUUUUUCCCCCCUGAAAGUUGGGAGGCCAGGGGCGUCGGGGGCAGAGCGCAGCCAAAGAAGAAGGAGCGCCCGCGCAUCCCCAGGAAGAGAGACGGGAAAUGUGAGAGUCGGUGGCGCUCGCCCCUCCGGCCUUCGAGGACAGCGGCGUCCCAUCGGAACGAAGGAGGGCGGCUUGGGGGGGGCUGUGGUUGGUCUUUUUUGGGGGCCCCCACCCUUCCCCGUCUGCCUUGCGCUCGCCUUUCCUCCCCCCUUGGAAGAGCCCGCCCCGCCAGAGAGAGAGAGAGGGGGAGAGGACGCCUCUUCUUCCCCGAGGCUGGAACUGGGGCGCGUUUCCCGGGGGGCCCCCCAGGCCAAAGGAAAAAUUCGGCGCCGCAGGAACCAGGGACGCGGGGGGGCCGGCAAGCCGGCGAAGAUGGAGACGGUCCCUCGGAGCGGCUUCCAGCCUCACCCGGGCCUGCAGAAGACCCUGGAGCAGUUUCAUCUCAGCUCCAUGAGCUCGCUGGGCGGGCCGGCCGCCUUCUCGGCCCGCUGGGCGCAGGAGCUCUACAAGCGCGAGAGCGCCAAGGAGGCGGCGGUGGCGGCGGCUUCCUCCGUGGCCCCCGAGCCGCCCCUGCCGCCGCUGCCCCCCAUCCCGCCGCCCCCGCCGCCGGUGAUGGCCGGCCCCUUCUUCAUGCCGUCGGACCGCUCGACGGAGCGCUGCGAGACCGUCCUGGAGGGCGAGACCAUCUCCUGCUUCGUGGUGGGCGGCGAGAAGCGGCUCUGCCUGCCCCAGAUCCUCAACUCGGUCCUGCGCGACUUCUCGCUCCAGCAGAUCAACUCGGUCUGCGACGAGCUGCACGUCUACUGCUCCCGCUGCACCGCCGACCAGCUGGAGAUCCUCAAAGUCAUGGGCAUCCUGCCCUUCUCGGCGCCCUCCUGCGGCCUCAUCACCAAGACGGACGCCGAGCGCCUCUGCAACGCCUUGCUCUACGGGGGCGCCUUCCCGCCCGGCCGGUGCAAGAAGGAGCUGGCCGGCGGCGGCGGCGGCGCCCUGGAGCUGGACCUGGAGCUGACGGAGCGCAGCUUCAAAGUCUACCACGAGUGCUUUGGCAAGUGUAAGGGCCUGCUGGUGCCCGAGCUGUACAGCAGCCCCAGCGCCCCCUGCAUCCAGUGCCUGGACUGCCGGCUCAUGUACCCGCCGCACAAGUUUGUCAUCCAUUCCCACAAAGCCCUGGAGAACCGAACUUGCCACUGGGGCUUCGACUCGGCCAACUGGCGAGCCUACAUCCUCCUCAGCCAGGAUUAUGCCAGCAAGGAGGAGAAAGCCAGGCUGAGCCAGUGCCUGGACCAGAUGAAGGAGAAGUUCGACUACAGCCAUCGGUACAAGAGAAAGGCACCCAGGGUCCCGUCCGAUCCUCCUGUCCCCAAGAAACCCAAAACGGACGAUGUCCUGCAGUCUCCCCUACUUGGUGAUAAAGAGAAACAGUCCAGUUGGUUACGAUCCUUGUCCAAUUCAUCCAGUAAGAAUAUUGGGUGUCUCCAUCCCCAGCAGCGUCUUUCCGCAUUCCGGCCCUGGUCCCCCGCCGUUUCAACCAGCGAGAAGGAGGUCUCCAACCACAUCCCUCGGUUGAUCAGAGACAAUUUCUAUUCGUAUAAAAGUUUUGAGAACUCCGUCGCACCCAACGUGGCGCUGGCCCCCCCUCCUCAGCCAAAGAUCGUCAGCAACCCACUGUGCCCCCCGGCUGCCUUGCGGAACGGCGAGCCCCUGAGCAACCCUCCCCAGCUCCGGAAAAGGAAACAGGUCUCCGAACACCCGGCCGUGCCCGAACCGACGCCCGCUGCCGUGCCCACCGUCGCUCCUCCCGCCGCUACCACGGAAGAAGACAAGGAAUCCGAAGCCGAGAUAGAAGUAGAAACACGAGAAGAAUUCACUUCCUCCCUGUCCUCGCUCUCCUCCCCAUCCUUCACCUCUUCGAGUUCAGCCAAGGACAUGAACUCCCCCAGCCUGCAAGUCCAGCCUGCCGUCCCUGCCAGCAGCAACAGCAGCAGCAGCAGCACCGUCUUUGAAGGCUCGAGUCAUGCCGAGCCUCCCAACGGCCCCAAUGGGUUGGAAGCUGAACUGGAGCAUCUGAGGCAGGCCUUGGAUGGCGGUCUGGACACGAAAGAAGCCAAAGAGAAAUUCCUCCACGAGGUGGUGAAGAUGAGGGUGAAGCAGGAAGAGAAGCUCAAUGCUGCCUUGCAAGCCAAGCGCAGUCUCCACCAGGAGCUGGAAUUCCUCCGCGUGGCCAAGAAGGAGAAGCUGAGGGAGGCGACGGAAGCCAAGCGCAACCUGAGGAAGGAGAUUGAGCGCCUCCGGGCAGAGAAUGAGAAGAAAAUGAAAGAGGCCAACGAGUCCCGGAUACGGCUGAAGCGGGAACUGGAGCAGGCCCGACAGGUCCGGGUGUGCGACAAGGGCUGCGAGGCCGGCCGUCUACGAGCCAAGUACUCGGCCCAGAUUGAAGAUCUGCAGGUGAAGCUCCAGCAUGCGGAGGCCGACCGGGAACAGCUGCGGGCCGACCUCUUGCUCGAGCGCGAAGCUCGCGAGAACUUGGAAAAAGCUGUCAAGGAACUGCAAGAGCAACUAUGGUCGAAGCAUAACGACCUGCCCAGCAGCGCCCACACCCCAAAAGACCCCGAGAACUGAGGCCGCCCCGGCCCCGAAACCGGUGGAAUCGAUGCGCUGCCUGUGGCCCCAGGGCCGAUCUGUGCAUAGUAAGCGAGAAUGCGUUGGAAGAGGCUUUUUUUCCCCCCAUCCCUGCAUGUGGCUAAAAAAAACCCAUGGAUCUGGUUCUUAAUCGGAGGGCAAAUGUUACUCUUUAUAACGAAAGCACUGAAUUCUGCCUCUUUUUUUAAAAAAAAUCCGUAUAGCACAACAUUUUCCUGUGCCUAUAACGUGAAAAGUGUUUAUAAAUCUACUCUUUUGAGUCUGCAGCAAAAAAGAAAAAAGGAAAAAAAAAUUAAAAUGUAUUUUUUCUUUUCUACUGGGAAAAAAAAACAACUUGUCCGGUCAGCAGCGUUUGGGGAAAGAAGGGACAAGUUUCCAGGGCUGCUACAAAUAUAUAGAGAGAUAUGUGUGUGUGUGUGUCUGUGUACACACACUCACACACAUAUACGUACACCAACAAACCCCAACAAGCCCUUUUGUUAUAAGCUAUUUCGAAAUGCAAAUCAUUUAGUCAAGACGACGUAUUAACUAAAAACCAUUGAGAUUUUUUAAAAAUAAAAUAAAAUAAAAUAAAAUAUGAAAUAUAUUAUAUAUAAAUGUGGGGUCGGGGGUGGGAUACUUUUGAUGCCUAUUGUGUACAUUGGUACAGGUGUUGGAAAGUGUUUCAGGAAAGAAAAUAGCCAUGAAUGAUUUCAAAUCAAGGAUUUUUUAAUGAGAAUUUCCGAUUUUAGGAUUCCCCCUCCCUUCUCCAGGUUUCAAUCUCUUUGCUUUUCCUAUGUUUGAUCAUAAAAAAGAGAGAAAGUUAGUGGGGGGGGGAGAAAAAAAAGGAUAUUUGUACGUUUAGGAGUAGAUCUCUGUCCUAAAUAAAACCCAGCCUUAUAAAAUUCAGUGUUCGCUCCUCGCAAAGACUCGCUUUGACUGCAAAGCACUUCGGACUUUAGCAAACAACCACCUGAACACGUCGAAAAAGAACGAGAGGAAAGGCAGAAGUUUAACCUGAAAGAAACAGCUGGAUUGAUUCCCCCCCCCCUCCCCGUUGCUUGUGAGCAAGAUGCGGGAACGAAUGAGUGGCACGCGUGCGUGUGUUUUUUGGGGGGAAAGGAAAAAAAAAAACAAAAACCGCCUUCCGUUUUGCUCAGUGAAUUCAUUCCACUUUUUUUGAUCCGCCACGCCUCCGAAAUUUGCAGCGUUUGACGGACUUCUCUGGAAACUGGCAAGGCUGCGGCAGCCAGAGAGCGUUGGGGUGCCCUCUGAACGAACGAGACUCGCCUUUGUAUUAAAAGAGACAAAAGACUUUUUGCUGCUGUGAAUAAGCCAACUUUUGUUUAUUCUUUCGGGAUCUUGUUUUUUUUGUUGUUGUUGUUGUCACGGGAUGAUUUUGUUUGUUUGUUUCUCAUGUGACAAAAAUGCUUUAAUCUUGGGAUCUUGAAGGCGCCAGCAGUGCCCGCUUCCUCGCAGUGUGCAGCCAAAAGAUGCUCAGGGGAUGCUUUGCAAAGUCCCCAUCUUAAGACACACGUAUGUGCACACACAGACACAUUUUUCUGGGGGGUGGUGGGGUUAAUUGGAAGUCCCUCCGCCCGUUAGCUCCUGUGGCUCCUUUUCCAUCAUCUUGUAAAAAGCGGGGCUGGCUGGGAAAUUCUGGGAGUUGAAAUCCAUCUUAAAAGGCCAGCAAGGUUGAGGCACACUGUCACACAAAGCACCAGCUGCAAGUUCGCAAUGCUUUGUCGGCCACUGGGGUGCCAGGAACGUGGCUAGCUCGGCGUGCGCCUUGGCUGCGAUACUGCAGAAUUGUCACGGGUGAGAAACACGGGUGAGUUUGGAGCUGCCAAGGGCCUCUUCAUGAUACCUGAAAGAUCAGUGGCUCUAAAGGUGGAGACAGGGAUGUCGGAAGCCAGCCACUGACCAUAGUUUGCGCGUAAGCCAGAAUCCUUUCUGCCCUGUUUACCAGCUUGUUUUGCUCAGUUCUGAGAAGCAAGAGCGGUUUUGUAAGGACCAGCCUGAAGGAACCGCAUGCACACAUCUCAGGCAGCCUAAAGCAAGAAUAAGCCUUGGCUUGUUCAAUUUGCUUCCCCUCUUUUAUGGCUUAUUUUGGUCCGGUGUGAUCGCAGACAUGGGCUGGAUGGAGAAACACACCAGGAUGAAGCCAGUAAAGCCAAAACAAGAGUUUGCAUUCUCCUUUGCACGUUGCAUAAAAGCCAUAUCUGCAGCUGAGAAGCUGUCAACAAACUGGGUUUCAAACUGAACUUUAUUGGCCUAAACCAAACCUUGGUUUGUUUGUUUCCCCCCCCACUGCUUGAACAUUUUUAACGAUGCCAAAACCAAAUUAAAGCAACCACCUUCCAGUUUACCCAAGAACUGCAAAUUCUCCUUCCUAUUUUACUGUUCUUAAACACGGAAGGAAAACGUGUUUUUCCUCCCUUUGGUCUAUUCACACUGCGGCAGCCUGUCCUAAAAUUAAAGUAUUAAUUUGCAGUACACUAAAGGAAAAAAAAAUGUAUUAAUUUUUUUUUUAAAAAAAGCUGUUAUUAUCCAUUCUAAUAGCCAUUGUAAGCAUGAAUGUUGAAAAAGGAGGAAAGUACAUUUAGGGGAGCGGGUGGGAGACUGGUUAAGCAACCAUAUAAAAUACAAAGGAAGAUUUAUUAGAAAAAAGGAAUCAGGUUACUUAGGCAAAAUAAAAAUAAAAAUGAAAAGCACGAAACCGCUCAGUGAACUAGCUUGCAUGAUACAACUUUGUCUAAGUUUGAGGUCUCUGCCCUUCUUCAUUUGCAACGAAUGGAGUUCAGCUCUAAAGUGCAAUGCAAAACAAAACAAAACAAAAAGGAAUAUUGAUUGUGUUUAUGCAGUUAUUUUUUUAAUGUGAGGUUUUUUUUUAAAAAAAUUGCUUCUUUGUAUGUUUUUUUCUGCAAUUAUUAAAAGAACAUAUGCAUGAAAUUAAA